ACGCGGGCGGAGGCUAUAAAUAAAGCUCGCGAGGCCGCGGCCAAACCCAAAUCCUCCUCCACGGAUUGCGCACCAAGGCUUGAUCAUCACAAAAUCACAAGCGUAUAGCGCUAGAUUUUUCCUCUCUCCCUCGCUGUGGCCCAAGAAAGCAAUCGCCAAGAAUCCCUUGCUGUUGCUGAUCCUCGGUUUCUUGGGGUGAUUCCGGAGCGGGAUCCGGCAUUCGACCGAGUUCUUGCGCCUGCAAGAUCGCAGCUUUUGUUUCUCGGUUGCUGAGCGGGAGUUGUUGGGCGGCUUGGUUUGGUCGGGUGAUCGAGGAGGUCGGGAACUAAUCCACGAUGGUGGCGGCGGCGGCGGAGCGGGUGGUGGCGGAGCUCCGGGAGGCGUGCGCGGCGCCGGCGGCGCGGCUGAACGAGGUGGCGGCGGCUAUGGAGGCGGAGAUGCGGGCCGGCCUGCGCGAGGAGGGCGGCAGCAAGAUCAAGAUGAUCAUCUCCUACGUCGACAACCUCCCCACGGGGAAUGAAGAGGGUUUUUUCUACUCCUUGGAUCUCGGGGGAACAAACUUCCGGGUCCUGCGCGUGCAGCUCGCGGGGAAAGAGAAGCGCGUCGCCAAGCGUGAGUCGAAGGAGGUCUCCAUCCCUCCUCACCUCAUGUCAGGCAACGCGUCGGAGCUGUUCGGCUUCAUUGCUUCCGCGCUAGCCAAGGUCAUCGUGGACGAAGGGCGUAACGAUGUGUUUGAAGACAAGCAUAGGGAGCUGGGGUUCACGUUCUCGUUCCCUGUGAGACAAACAUCGAUUGCGUCAGGCACUCUCAUCAAGUGGACCAAAGCGUUCUCAAUCGAUGAUGCUGUAGGCGAAGAUGUCGUCGCAGAAUUGCGGACGGCCAUGGAGAAGCAUGGCGUUGACAUGCGUGUGGCUGCAUUGAUCAAUGACACCGUUGGGACACUGGCUGCCGGUAGAUACAACGAUGAGGAUGUCGUCAUCGGUGUCAUAUUAGGAACUGGCUCAAAUGCUGCAUAUGUUGAAGAGGCAAGCGCCAUACCAAAGUUUGAGGGCGAGUUACCUAAAUCAGGAAACAUGGUGAUCAAUACGGAAUGGGGUAACUUCUACUCAUCCUGCCUCCCAAUCACAGAAUAUGAUCAGGCAUUAGACGAGGAGAGUUUAAACCCAGGAGAGCAGAUCUUCGAGAAGUUGAUUUCUGGAAUGUACCUCGGAGAAAUCGUGAGGCGGGUGCUUCUUAAAAUCGCCUCACAGUCUACGCUCUUUGGCAAAGUCAACCACACUAAGCUCAAAACUCGAUUCAUUCUGAGGACUCCUGAUAUCUCUGCAAUGCACCAUGACGAAACGCCUGAUCUGAGAAUCGUGGCCGAGAAACUGGCAGACAACUUCAAGAUCAAGGACACAAGCCUCGAGACGAGGAAGAUGGUCGUCGAGAUCUGCGACGUCGUCACCAGCAGGUCAGCACGUCUGGCCGCAGCAGGGAUCGUGGGGAUCCUCAGGAAGAUCGGGAGGGCCGUCCCCGGCGACGAGCGGCGGUCGGUCGUCGCCAUCGACGGCGGCUUGUUUGAGCACUACACCGAGUUCAGGCAGUGCCUGGAGAGCACGCUGGUGGAGCUGCUGGGCGAGGAGGCGUCCAGGUCGGUGGCGGUGAAGCUGACCAAGGACGGGUCCGGUCUCGGCGCCGCCCUGAUCGCGGCUGCUCACUCGCAGUACCAGCACUGAGUGGCCGUGUCGCUGUGCGAGUUCAGGUUCCAGGCUCCUUUUCUGGCGCUCGUGAUGUACUUACAAUGUAGUGAGUUCAUGUAUGUUCUUCAAACAAGGUUGUUUGAAAUCUGCCAAACAAAUGUUCAAAUGGAAUGUGCUAUUCAGAAGAAAGCCUUGAAGUU